UUUCUUAUCCUUUUUUUUGAAUAAUCACCUUUAUUUGUUUCAUCCAUUAGUCCUCCCAAGAUUUCUUCGCUCUCCUUUGAUUUCAUGUGGAAAAAUAAAAUUAACAUGAAAAAGUAGUUUUAGUAUUUUUUAGUAAAUAAAUAAAUGAAAAAGCAUACAAAAAGAACAAUCAAAAUUAAUAUGAACGUUUGAGGGAUACUGAUCGAAGCCUAAUAAUAAUGAUAUUUUCAAAAGAAAAAUGAGUGAAACAAACCUUCCACAUUCAAGUAAAAAACCUAAGAAACCUGCAUUGGACACAACAAAAGGGUUUUAUUUCGUAGACCAUAAAGAAAAAUAUUUUCUGUUUUUUUUAGAUUGCGUAGUGUCUUAUGCGUUUAUAACAGAACAAUGAUCAGAGCUCCUCUUUCCCAUCUUCUGAACACAAAGUCAGAUUCAACGGAGAAUUUUAGAGUCAAUAGUCCAAACAAGAUAAGCUGACAAUCAAGUGUUCAACUGGAAAAAACUAUAUUCUAGUUAAGAUACAAAAAGAAAAAAAACUAACACAGAGAAGGUGGUAUCAUCAACCAUGAUACUUGUUCCGCUCGAAACUUUGAUACCGAGCAGGAAUCACACGAAUCCUUUUAGAUAAUUUAUAUAAAUGAUCAACUCUAGCCAUCAACAAAACAUGAGCUCGAAUCACUUGAGAAUGUUCUCUUGUUUAAACAUCUCUGUUCACAGUCUUCAUCUGAUCUCCUUAUACAACAAUUGUUUCUUUUUUGAGAAUGAGUCUUUCACGCACAUAUAUUGAAUUUCCAUUAUGCGUACCGUUUAUACGCAUAAAGUGUGAAUUGUACGAAUUUUUUCAUGUCCACUAUUCUCCACACGCAUGUAAACACUGAAAAAGUUAACUUUUCAAGCGUCCACAUGGGUGUUUGAAGUAUUUUUUUCCUCAGAAUUAGUGAAAAUAUGAUGAAAAAAGUUAGAUGCUUGAGAAUUCAUACUUUUCACGCUUUCUAUGUUUCGCCGGUUUUUUUCGAUCAUCGGAAAUUGCGACUACCAUCCAAAAAUGUCCAAUUAUUUUCUGUGUUUAUACAUGUUUUUGAGAAGUUUUUCACUAUCUGAGUAGAAACAAACUCCAGAUAUCCAACACUAUCUAUCUCAUAUGUAAAAUACAGAUUAAAGCUCUGAAUACAUCAGAAGAUGAAUGAUCUUCUAUUCUGUUAAGUCAUUUGCGAGUUAUACAAGAGUCUUUAUCAUGUUACUGAAAAAGGUUAUAUUUUUUUUUGUUUGAUAAUCUCAACAUGACAAUUUCUAGUUUGAACUUCCUUUUGACCAAUUCAUUAUCAGAAAUUGAGUCUAUUCAAUUUAUUCAAGUCUAAUUCAAUAGGAAAACAAACUUAUCUUUUAAUACAACAAGAAAUUAAACGGAUCAUCAGUAAGAAAAGCAUUCUUGAAACAAUACAGUCAUACAGACGCGAAUACCUCGGUACAGUUUACAAUAGAAAAUGUUUUCUAAAAUAUAAGAUCAAUCAUUCGCAUCAUUUAUGGUUUCAUAUGACUGAAUAGCUAAAAGAAAGAAAGUUAAAAAGGUUUUAAUCGAUGUUUAUAUAUGUCAAUUGUUUAUGUGAAGAUUUCAGUAAUGUAAAGAGAAUCUCUUCAAAAUGCAAUGUACUCAAAGCUUAUUUAUUACUGAUUAGCUCAUUUGAAUAAAUAGGAUUGUCGAUGGAGAAAUGGUUUCUAGAAAAAGAAUAGUUAAAUACAAAUGAAGGAUGACUUAGGAAUCAUCUGCAUCCAUUUUGAAAAAUACUAUUGCACCCUUUUGCAAAAAGAAAUGUGUACUCAACCAUAGAAGGCAUACUUCAUUGAAAAUGUUCCAAUCUGCGUCUUGACUUGUAUUCUUUUUUUCAGCUAAGAAAAUGUUGUUCCAUUCUGCAAAUGUGUUGAAAUUUUUAGAACAUAUUCACCUGUGAUGCAUUAGGAUGUGUACUGCUUUGAUUAAAUGAGAUAAUCGUGAGAAAGAACUCUUCAUAAAGAAAACCUGAAUAAUUUUUGUAGAGCAUGCUGUAAAGGGCGACGAUACUGUUCUCGAGACAUGUUUUUUCUGCUGAAUGUAAAAAUGCAUUUGUAAUUAAGUAUACUUUUCUUAAAACUUGUUCUUAUGAAGUAUUCAAUUGGUAAGUGAUACAACUCUAAGGUGAUCAAAGCAAAAUACUAUCUAAGUGAAUUUGUGAGUAAUAAUAUAUGCACAAAUGCUAAAAAUAGUCAAUAAACUUUAGAAAUGAUUGAAAAUUAGUUUUGUCUGAGGGCUUUAUGAGUUGUAUUUUGCUCAGUUGAAACUUGAUAUGCUUCAAGUUGUAGGAUUCAUAUCAUGAUUAAGUAUAUUUGAUCUUCUCCAAAAAGUGUAGUGAAAUUUUGAAUUUUUACUUCAUUUUAUGUACCUCAUUAAAAUAUUUUUGUUCAAGUGCUGUUCUAUACAGUCCAAUAUUUCUUUCGUUUUUUUUAAAUUUGAACUAAAUAAAACUUAAAAUUAAAAAUCAGACAAAUAGAAAACUAUCCAAAUACACGACUAAAAAAUUUCUCUUGUCAGCUAAUAACAAUUACUUCUAAUUUUGAAUUUUAUAUUUCAUCUAAUGCUUGUGGCAUUUCAGUUCUGUUAGCUUUCCUGUUUUUUUUAAUAUGUUGCUCAUUAUUAUUUCGUAAAUGAGAUAAGUCUUGAAUUUUUAGUCGUUCUAAACUUGGUAGUAAUUAACUACAUGUUAAAAGUUCUAAUGUAAUUAAAAAAAUUGAAUUUAUUAAUAGAAUUUAAUAUUUGAUAUUUAUCAUACCUAAUUUUAUAGUUACUCUUUUGAUCAUUUGAUCGAUAAAUAGCACAAUUAAUAGUAUUAUUAUCAAGAUUUGACAUAAUUUUGGUUGAAAAAAAAAAAUUUAGAUAGGAGAUAUUUUAGAAUGGGUAUGUAUUGGUGUUAGCGAUAUUAUAUGAAUGGUCAAAUCAAGUGUAGAUGUCGUGAGUCUUAACGUGCUUCAUUUCUCACUAAAUGAAAUGUUUCGAAAAAUAAUACAAAUAAGUUUUUCUCAGUAUUGUUCAAAAAGAAAUAUCUAUAUAAUUCAAGAUAAUGAAGUUCUAUUUCAUUAUAUAAAUAAAAUAGGAAUUAUGCAAUUAAAUAAACCUGAAUUAAUUAUUAUUUAAAGUACUGGAUCAAGAGCAUUCUCUGCUGGUAGUGAUAUUAAAAUUCUCUCAAUGACACCAUCUAAUAACGAAAAUAUUCGAACCAAUUAUUUAAGAGACGAAUAUCAACUUAUUUAUCUUAUUGGAACUUAUAAAUUACUGUAUGUUGCAUUGAUCAAUGGUAUUACAAUGGGUGGAGUAUGUUGA